GGCAAGGUGCUUUGUCACUGCCUAGUGCAUAAGGGGUACACGGAAUUAUCAUUCUUGAAUCUUGAUAAAUAUCAAAUUAUCAAUCAAUUUGUCUUAUGACUAUUCGAAGAAUUGGAGCGUAAGCUAGUGAUGCUUUCGGCUACUGGACUUUCCCCAUCUAGGGUGCAGCACUCUACCGCUUCGCCUAGCAGCACGAUGCUUGUAUUGCUCUCCCACAACCCCGUUUUCACGGUUUAGGCAGCUCCGAUUUCGCUCGCCGCUACUACAGGAAUCGUUUAUACUUUCUUUUUCUCUGGUUACUAAAAUAUUUCAGUUUGCCAGGUUGUCUCUUGUCUGCCCAUGGAUUCAGCAGCAGUUUGAGAUUUAACCAACCGUCAAAUAUCAUCACUUGCAACCUUCUUAAUCUACACACAAAAAAAGUAGAUGUAUAAUGAGUCGGAUCAACUUGUUAAAAAGAGUGGGUCAAUUUCAAUUUUCAGCCAAAUCCCCAACUAACCCCUACUUCGACUGAAACCUGUGCUGCUGGGUGGCGUCUGGCGGUGGCUGUUGGGUUGGAGUGUCAGUAGCCUCACAAGCUUUGGGGCAAAUCUCAAAUGGAAUCUCUUGGAGGACUCGGCAAUGGCGGGUUGUGGGGAUGGGAUCAAAGACCCAGAAAAAGGAAAGCCUGUCGGAGCAAUUCAUCCGGUUCAGUCGAAGCGGCUGGCGGUUUCCGCUUCCCGCUAAAGCAAGCCCUCACAGCAGGUACCUUGGCUGUCACUGGUGAUACUAUAGCUCAACUUAGUGAGCGUUACAGAAAGCGCAACACCCCUAAACCACAAGAUAAUGUAGUCUCUUCUCAUGAACCUGGCGAAGCGCUGGUGAGUGUGCUCUGUGCUUCGUUUGUUACGUUGAACGAGCUGUAGAUAAUUUGAUUAGUUGUGCCCAUGGGAACAAUGGCGAUUUUUUCUUAUUAUUAUGACAUUGUUAGAGUAAUUAGAGAGAUUCCAAUUCCUUUUAAGCAAUUGAUUGUGGAAUCAGAGGUACUUGAUAUGUCCAGGCAUUUGAAUGAAUUUCUCAUGAACCUUAACUGGCGAAAUGCCCACCUCUUGGGCCUUUCCUGUGCUGUAACUGGGACAGAAACGCACUUGUGGUUAUUGUUCUUAAAGGAAGCCAUUGGUGUACAUCCUGCUUAGUCUGUUGUUCCUCAUCAUCUAGUGGCCACUGUGUUGAAUCAAUGCCACUCCAGUUCGUUCUGAACUGAUUUGGAUUUUCUCUUUCUCUCUAAGUUUGUUCAAUUAGGAAAGCAGAAUAUAAACUCUCAGAACUGCAGUUUUGUUAUAUUUGUAAAUACAGAAGCAGUUUUUAUGUUUAAUAGUUUUGAGUUUUGACCAUUGUUUACUAAAGAAGAUAUUACAAAAAUUUGAUGGCUUUGCAGACGAUCCUUUGCAGCCAUGAUUGGCUUCGUGCCUUGAGGAUGGCAUCUUAUGGGUUUCUUUUGUAUGGCCCCGGUUCAUAUGCAUGGUACCAGUAUCUUGACCAUUGUCUACCAAAGCAGUCAGUUCAAAACUUGAUACUUAAGGUAAUUGUUAAAUAACUAUGAAUUGCUGAAUGUCAAUCAAGAAACUUGUAUAUGAGCAGAGGAUUGUAAGUUUCAUUUGGCGUCCUCUCUUUUCAGGUUGUUUUGAAUCAAGUGAUACUUGGUCCAUCUGUGAUUGCUGUUGUGUUUGCAUGGAAUAGCAUAUGGCAAGGGAAGCUUUCACAGCUUCCAGGGAAGUAUCAAAGGGAUGCUCUUCCUACGCUGCUUUCCGGUAAAAGUCUCUAAAGACUCAAUACUGGUGAUUGGAUUUUUUAUUUUCUUGAUGCUGAUAUUUAGUUUUCAAUGCAGGGUUUAGGUUCUGGAUUCCUGUCAGUAUAUUGAACUUUUGGUAAUACUUCUAUCACUUUUUAGGUGGUAUUCUAAGCUUUGGUUUUCAAAGCACUGGUUAUUGUCUCUCCUUCUGGACAGUUAAAAAGUAUUGUAGUUAAUGAAUGCCAUGCGUUUGAAAUCAUUCGUUUGGUUAGGUGAUAUUAUGGGUAUAUCUACGAGGUAUGAGCCCAUUAAACAACUGUAUAGAGAGAUGAUCACUUUUUACACCUACCUGCCAACGAAUGAGGCCUUUUCUUCCAUAUCUUGUUGUGGAGCUGAUUGAAAGGGAAUUUGUCAUAUUAAAAGUUACGGACCAUUUCAGAUUGGUAGUACUUGAAAAUGGAGGUUGAUCAGAAUGGUACCGUGACAUGCUCUGAUAAAAGUUUUAACAUUUUUGCAGGGUAAUCCCUCUCCAAGCACGUGUUGGCUUCAUGUCCAUGGGUUCUAUAUUCUGGAACUUCUGCUUAUCUUCAACUAUAAGCAAGUAGAUCGAUCCACAGCUACUGUGAUGGUGCUAGCAAGAUAUGUCAACAUAAGGUGUAUUCUCCUACUUUUGACUCGAGGCUUAAUGUCCUUCAAAUAUCUCAUCAAUCUGUUUUCCGGAUCAUAAACCCAUCUGUUCAUUUGUUUUUGCCGAGUAUAGCUCGACUUUUGAAACCAAAGCAUGCAAGAUUCUUCCUUCUCUUGUCCUAGAUCUCACAUGGCUACAUUUGUCUGCUACUUAUGUAAUUUGGUCUCUUUUGCACUUUUUAUUGCCAUCUUGCAGAUGUUUUAAUCAUCAGCAGCAGUUGGGAUCAAGAACAGGCAAUGAAUCAUGCAACAAGUGCACUAUUAAGCCGGCUAACAGUUGAGAGUAUUCAGAGAAAAUGCAAGACUCAAGUAUGCUUAGAACAGGUUCAGAUUUUCAGCAGCUUUCCUUAUGGCUUGAUCUGACAAAAUUAGCAAGUAUGUGAUUUUCCUAUUCGUGGCAGUAUGAAUUCUAUGUAAUUUUGGUGUUGGAAAUAUCAUAUCCCUGACAGCACAGAAUGGAAAACCUUGGAAUGAUGGUGCUGGAAAGUGUGGUUUGAUUAGGAAGUCGAAGCCAAUUCUGUGGUGUUGAAAUUGGAAUCCAUAGAUCAAUCACAGGACUUGCUAUAGCAGAGGAUGAGAAUUGUACGUUGUUGAAACUUGUGCACCACGUGCUAUUUUAUCAGCUCUUAUCUAGGAACGAUCUCAUUCGCUGCAGCUGUUCCAUCUGUUAGCUGUAAGAAAUCCGGAAUCAUGAUAAUAUUAUUCGUUGUUAGGAACUGCAUUAGGCAACGCAAGCCGAAGGGGAGGGGAUAGAGAGAAAAGAGUGGGAAGUGUCCUUUAGAAACAUGGAAUUGGAUUCUUUGUCUUUGUUUUACUGCACCCUCAACGGUUCUUUUAUACCCUCUUAUGGUGGGAAUGGGAUGCACUUUGCAUCAUUCUCCCACCAUCCACAAAAGAAGAAGGAAGGAACAAAAUUCUCUUGAUUUUCGUUUUCCACAUCAAGCGAGAAAUCAUAGAAAAGGAGCAAACAAAAGCUUCUGGUGAUCAUAACAAGCGCAGGCAGGAAGAGUAGUCUCUCUUGGGAAAAAAAUAUUAGCAGAGCCAUGAGCCACGGCGGGCCUUUCCCAGGAUAUUCACGGAUGCUACCACGGUAUUUCCUCCUCGAUCCGAACAUCUCCGGUGAGGGCCAUGGCCGAACUCCGGUCCGAACAACUCCUGUUCCGAUAGAGUGGAGGACAGCAUCAGCUGAUCCCGUUUGGGAAGCGACGGUGGAGCAUAGGAUGAUUGUCAGAGACCAUCCUGGGUUUCCUCGCAUUCUGCCGCCGCCAUCAUCACCUUUCCAACGACCUCUAGGCGUGGAAAUCGCGCUCCUCCGUGAUGCAAUAAUGUCGAGGGAGCUCGGAGAAUUCGCCUCCCUCGUUCCGCCGUCGAGUUUAUAUGGAACCCAGAGGUCGCCUGCGGACUCCAAAUUAACCGAGGAAGAGCAGAAUGGAGCAGUGAAGAAGUUGAGGAGAGUCGUGUAUGCUCCAGCGUCGUUGUCGUCGCUAGGUAGCCGGGUGAGCCUGUACUACAGAGAUCGAGCGGCGGCGGGCAGGGCGAAACGAGCAGAGGAGGAAGGGAAGAGGUGUGCGGUUUGCUUGGAGGAUUUUGAAGCAAAGGAACAAGUCAUGCUGACUCCCUGCGACCAUAUGUUUCAUGAGGACUGUAUUGUUCCCUGGGUUAGGAGCAAUGGCAAUUGCCCGGUUUGCCGUUUCUCACUCUCGGAUCGCAGCCGGUUGGGUUAGGGCCUAGGGGCUUAAUAUAGCUCCAAUCGGAAUGCGCAUAGAUACUUCUGUUCUGUAACACUAAAGUGUAAACCUUGGUUAUUGUCGGGGCAAUUCUCUGGUAAUCAUAGGUCUGGUUUAGGAUUGUCCAAACAAGAUUGUUUGGGUUUGUAAUUGUCUGGUAUGAUCAGUUUUCCCGCAAGAUAUUGUCAAGAAGCAAUAUCAACUCUUAUUUUAGUCUCUAAAAACAUAUAUAGUAGCAAAUAAUUUUCUGCCUCUAAAAGUUACAAAUAUCAAUAUAAUAAUAUAAUAAACUUGUCCAUAGAUAAGAAGGCAAAACUUUACAUGAUAGUAGGGAUGGCAAUUGGACGGGUUUGGGAUGGGUUUGUCUAAACCACCAUCCCCAUCUUCAAAUAUCCAAACCCAUACCCGCCCCAUAUCCAUGCGGGGAAUGUUUGGCAAACUCAUCCCCAAACCCAUGGGUUUCGGGUACCCAUGAGUCAUACCCGUACCCGUACAUCCAACAUUAUUAUCCUAAAAUUUACAAGAAAAGUUUUAACAACAACUCUAAACGUACCUAUUAUAUCACGAAUUCAACAAAACACGGUCAUUUUCUUAAUACAAUUCAAAGAAUAUGAUCCUAAAACAUUCGUUAAUACAUAAUAUAGAGUAUAAUAUUUUUCAAAUUAUUAUGUUCUAACUCUGACACAUCUACUAAGAAAUAAUUAACUUACAUAAUCUUGUUGACAAGGGGGAAAGUGAAAGAGUGAAAGGAGAAUUGAGGGAAAUGAAUUAGGUUUUGAUUAAGGUCGUCACUCAAUUGCAUUUCUACUAUUUAUUUCCUCGAGUUAUCCUUAUCAUCAUUGAUAGAUUACAAUUUGAUCUACAUAUUUUUGUAUAUGUGAAGAAAUUCUCUUGGUGGGGGAUAUGGGUAUGGGUAUGGGGCGGGGAGGCUAAAACCAUACCCGCCCCAUACCCAUCAAACUUUUUACGGGUUUUACCCAUACCCGCCCCAUACCCGGUCAAAGUGGGGAUUACCCGCGUUGACUGGGUCGGGGGCGGUUGGAUACCCGCGGCCAUGGGUUUGAUUGCCAUCCCUACAUGACAGUUACAACAAAUGUGCGGCUAUAUGUAAUAUUUCAAUUAAAUUAAAAUUAAAUGUAAAAUAAUAAGGCUUUAAGAGGCAC